AUGAGUAAGAACCGCAUGGAAAUCCGGAAGUCAGAAGAGCAGUAUUACCGGGAGCGCCUGGCGGAGGAGCAGCGCCGGCUCUGGAUGGACCGACAGGAGCGGCGGCACUGGGACCACAUGCACAGGAAACUGGGGCUGCGCAGGAAGAUCGAGGAGGAAUGGAAGACAAAGGAGAUGCUGCUGCUCAAACAAGUUCUUUUAGAGAAGAAAAUGGCUUAUCACUUACAAAAAAUGCAACAAAAUGGCCUCAGAAGAGAAGACACGGGGAAGAAUACACCAGACUACAGAGGACAGGAGGGCGCGUGCUCUGAAUGUGCCGCGUUCACCUCAGCUCCAGGCACUCUUCUUUCUGCUCAGAAUUCACCCACAAGAAAUGUUCACAAAUCCUCACAGUCUUAUCUGGGGCCUACAAAAGUUGACGAAUACAACAUUUCUUUUGGCACACGUACAAACGUGACUUCUGACGAGCUGAACAGUAUACUUCAGAACAUAAUGGCCUGGGUGGUGGCCACAGUGACCAGCAUCCUGUACCCAGCCAUCACCAGGUAUGAGGAGAGGCUGCAAAGCCAGGCGUACUCCAGGGCCGCGGAGUCCUCCCUGUCUUCGGAGAGCUCCAGCUUCUGCAGCACCUGCAGCGAGGGCUUCGCCUACGGCAGCUACACCACGGCCACCAGCAAGACCUUCCCCGGGGAGCCCCGCGCCUUCGCCGUGGACAUCGCGGUCCGGCACCCGCCGACGCCGCUGAAGCCGCUCUCUGCCCACGUGGAGCGGACGGUGGUCGAGAAGACCUACCACACGGAAGGCCCCCCUUCCGCCCACAUAGAGCGGACGGUGGUCGAGAAGACCUACCACGAGGAAGCCACCGGGGUCUAUGCCCACCCCAAGCUCAGAAGCUGCAAGUCGGACAGCCACCUCCUGGCCUUUUUUGAGGGAGGGGCACAGAAGUCCAAGGAUGCCACCACGGAGACCGACGGCCUGGAGGGCCCGCUGCUUCCGAAGCGAAAAGCCAAAGCUGAAAUCAAGAACCUAGAGAAGAUCUUUGUGAACUUUAAAUGCCACCUGAAAGGGGAAACGGAGCUGAUUUUAGAGAGCAUCUUCCAGGAAAUCAUGUCCGACCUAACGCAGGCCGUUCCCGCCAUUUCUUCCGUCACCGCCGAGGUUUUCGUUGAACCGAGUGAGCCCGAACUAGGAGACGUUCUCUCCAACGUGGACAUCAGCUCCGUGGCUUCCGAGAUCGUGGAAAACAUGCUCGAGAAGCUCCAGUCCGCCGUCGAGAAAAGGUGCGUGGAGAUGUUUUCGCAGGAAGAUUGGCCAGUUGAAAUGAUGCCCAGCUUCCUGCCCAUCGGAGAGGGCCCCCUCCCGCCCAGCGGGAGACCCCCGUCGGCCUCCCUGCCGCAGCCCGCGGAGCCCAUGUGCGACGUGGCCGAGGACAUGGUGCAGGCCAUCCUGCAGAAGCUGAUGGCUCUGGCGUCGGGGAAGCAGGACGAGCCUCCCCACCUGGCGUCCGCGGCGAAGCCCCCCUCCCAGCAGCGCACGCCCGGCCCCGUGGGCACCUCCCUGCAGAGAGCCGACGCCAAGAAAGGGGGCCCGAGCCGGCGGGCCAACUUCCCGAUGAAGGAGGAAAUACAGAGUUUGAUCUCCAGCAUCUUUGCCCAGUCCUCGCUGGUGGGCUACAUCGAGGAAGCCAUCAGCACCAUCCUCGGCUACGUCCAAACCGAACUGAACAACGAGCGGCUGGUGGCGUCGGAGGAGACGGUGGUCUUUCUCCGGCUGCUGGACGACAUCUUCACGCAGCUGCACCAGGAGCCGGUCAAGGCCGAGGCGCCCAAGGGCAGGCGCCCCCGGCCCCGACGCCCUCCUGCCACGGAGGAGAAGUACCGGCUGGCCGGCAACCGCGGGGCCAGCGGCCCCCGGGGCCGCGGAAAGCCGCUGCCGCCCAUCAACGUGCCGGGCAUGGUCCUGUACUCCGAUGACGACAGCGAGGAGAUCGACAGGCUCGUGGAGAGCGCGCUAGACUCCUCUCUGAGGAACGAGAAGGCGGGAUCGCAGGAGCGGGACCCCGAGUGCUGGUUCACAGGGAGGAGCGCGCGUUCGGACAGAGACAGCAAACCGCCCCCAAGGCCCGCUUCCCUCAGAAGCAGAGUCGUGUUCUGCGAGGGAUCCGAGACCGAGGGGCCGAGUGUUCACAAGAAAGAAGUUUUAAAGGGAAAAAUCUGCUCGACUAAAGACACGCUGACCUUCAGCCAAGACCAAAGGCACCAAAUACAAGAGGCGUCGGCAAACGUGAUCAAAGGCAUUUUGACGGAGAUGCUCAAGGAGCAGCCUCCUCCUCCGGGCCCCUCGGGCGGGAGGGCCGGCAAGGACACCGCCGUUCUCUCCGGGAAGCCCCGAGGGCUGCCGGCUCAGGGCCAGUGGGACCAGCUGUUCUCCGUGGGAGAAGUGACCACGGUGGCUCAGGACAUAACCGAGGCCGUGAUCAACAUCCUCCACGAGGCCCUGAACCGCAUCCCCGGCACCCCCAGAAGUUCUGUCCUACCCGCCAGGCGGCAGACUCCGCUGGGCCGUUCUCACACUCCCGACGUGGCCAAAGAGGCGCCACAUGAAAAACCACUGAAAAUAUGGUUUGACAGCGAGAAGAAAGUGAAGUAUUUGUCUUCACUUGACGUAGGCCCUGAAACCCCGUCCCCGUUCGGGUCUGAGACAUGUGAGCCGAAGGCUGUAGAUGACAUCUCGGGGGACAUCAUUGACACGGUGUUCAAGAAGCUGAAGGGACUCAUUUACCCAAAACUGCACGUGGGCUCCACACCGCCCUGCACAGGGCCGUCCUCGCUGCACCGCCAGCUGAGCGCCUACACGACCAAGGUGGUGGGCAUCGUUCUGCAAGCGAUCCAGAACGAGCUGGAACUCGAUCAGAAAAGCCAGAGCCCGCGGGAAGCCGACGACGGCAAGCCCCUCCGAGGCAGAGAGCUCUCGGCGGACACUGACGCGGAUCUCAGCAAGGACAUCAAGGCCUCCCCAUUGCUGACGUGCAUUUGCGAGAUGUUGUCAAGCGCACAUUCCGACCGGAGCAGCGUCUGCCUCCCUCCCGAUGAGCCAAGGCCUUCGGUGGCGUGUGGGCUGGACGAUGUUGGCAAACCACCCACGCUUCCAAGUCGGCAGGAGAAACAAGCUUUUUACCAUUACUUGGCGACUCCAUGUGCCAUCCACAGCGACCCCUGUGGAAAAGAGCUCAAAGACAAGGGCAAACUGCAAGUGCUGGACAGCAUUGGGGAAACCCUGUACGAGAUGCUGUGCAAGCUCCUGGGAGCCCGCCCGGAGGGCCAGCCGCCCCGAGAGAAGACGAGUGAGAACCGGGGAGUGGCCGUGAAGCUGCACCCUAACCUCCAGCUCCUCUCCCAGACCAUCCUGGACGGCAUCCUCGCGAAGCUGUGCAGGGUCGACGCGGACACCAGCUGCGCAGGUUCUGGGAUGACAGCUGCCUCCGAGUGCCCGGAAAUCGAUAACCUAUCGUUCAAGUCAAUCAUUGAGGAAAUGGCCAAGUGCACCGACAUCAUCUCCGGCAUCCUGUCCAGGAUGCUGCGGGAGAGUAACAGAGAGGAGACGGGCAGGGAUGCGAAAACCGUUGCUCCCGGGCCCUGCAAAACAGGGAGCACGAGAGAAACGCAUCCAAACAGACUGACGGCCUUGGCCACCGACAUCCUCAACGGGGUGUUUGCGAAGCUGGAAGGGUUUGCCAGUGGCAACCUAGGAGCCCUGGACCCCAACAGCAAGGGGGACAAGACCCGCGCCCAGGUGGACCUGCAGUGCGACGGCGCCAGCGAGGCCGUGGACGCCUGCGAGGAGCUGCUGCGCUCGGCGCUGUACAUGCACGCGAAGAAGGCGUCCAGCACCAUCCUGAAGGCCAUCCAGACGGAGCUCGGCGGGAGCCCCGGGGACCUGCGGGCCAGCGCCAAGAGCCCAUCCCCGGAGAAACAGCUUCUGAAGAAUGUGAUCAACUUGAUUAUAGACGUGGUGUCCUCAGAUGUGCUGGACGACACCGCAUCCGAAGAGAGGACCAUGGAAUCCUGCGGGUACCGGCCGACCUACGGGAACUUCCUGCCCGGAGGGGCCGAGCCAGACCCGUGUCUAGAAGACGCUGCGCCUGCGGAGAAGGAACUUGGAGCCGAGGGAACCCUCCCGAGGGGAGAAACGCAACCGGGUUCUCUGAAGCAGUGGGUUCUGGAAAGGACCCUAAACAAAAUUGAAGGGAAACUGAAGGAGCCACAGAAAUCUCCCAUCGUGCCCAUCAUCAGGAACAUUUUGAACGAGAUUUUCCAAGGGGCUCUGGUCAACCAAUUAAACGUGCUUUCUCUCUCCUGCCCUCCGCUGGGGGGCGCCCCGCAUGAUGCGGGUGGCGAGCCGCUGGCGCCGACGUGGGUCCCCUUCAUCGACCAAAGGACGGGCCCCUUGGUGUCCGAGGCCGACGUCACCAUCGUGGUGGGUGAUGUGGUCACGACUGUGAUGCAUAAGCUCUACGCAGCGGCCAUGACGCAGAGAGACGCCGGGGAAAACAGGUACAAGACCAUCACCUUUUCAGCGAACGUUUCUUUCCACGUCCCCGCCUGCGCGGAGCAGUCCUCAGUCCCUGUGCUGGAUGGGAAUCCGUGUCCUGUCCCGCCCAGACUCAACGCCAAAGGAAACGUGGCUGAAGAUAUCAUCCAGGAGAUACUAACAAACCUAGAAACCUUCGCUACUUACAAAGUAAAAUCUCUCUUUUGUCCCCAAAUCAAGUUCACAGUCCCAGUGGCUUUCCCCGUGCAGCAAGGGAAGAGCAUUUUGAGCAAAGCGUUGUCCGCCAAAGGCCUGUAUCCGGAUGACGGGUUUUCUCCCUGCUCCGUGGAUCGUUUUCUGGAAAAGACCAACUCGUGCCAGCUUUCUUUAAAUAAGCUAAACACACACGCAACAGAAGUGGCCAGACAAAUUUUACAAGGCAUCAAGCACGAGCUAGAUAAAGAACGGGAGAGUCCUUUCCUAACGCACAACGUCGUGGUUUCCGAAGGGAUCGCGAGUCAGAUCGUGAACACGGUGUUAGAAAUCGUCUCCUCCAAAGGCAAGUUUGACAAACACGAGUCUGACGAAGAGCGUCACGCAGGUCGGCAGGAAGGCGUCAUGGACAGGAUGUUCAACGGGACUGAGUAUCGCAAAGGGCUGCAGUUCCAAAUACAGGAUGUCAUGGAAGGCAUCCUGUGCGACAUUUAUGAAAAAACGCUGCAUCAGAACAACCUGGCCUUCGCCACGCCCCUGCCGAGAGGCCUCGCAGCCGGGAAACAUCCGGCUGCCGACGCCGGGCUGUCCAUAGAGGGUGCCAACGAGAUCGUCCCACCACUUUCUGUCCCCAAGUCGGACGUCAUGCUGAUCUCCAACGACAUCGUGGACCUUGUCCUUCAUAACCUCAGCUCCGCCGUCACGCUCGGCACAAAACCAGAGCGCGCUCCUGCGGCACGACUGCCCCUUCCCUCCUGCGAUAUGUUCCCACGCACAGAGUGCCAGCUGCCGCCGCUCACGGGCUCACAGAGGGAAGGAGACACAGAGCGCUUUUCGUCGUCAAACAAUGUGAGGCCCGAGUACGCUGUGGCGAGUCAGAUAAGUGUGGUAGGGAGGGAAGACCCCAGGAGGCCCGCCCCUGACCCCUGUGAGGACAACGCUCACUUCAUCACCAAAACUAUCGUCAACCAGCUAGAAUCUUUCGCCACCAAAAGAAUAGACUCAUUAAUUACUCUUGCUUCCCAGCCCACAGAGAAGCCCUCUGCUAGCCCUGGCCUGGAGCCCUGUGAGCCCGAGGACAGUGUUUUUCGUGAGCCAAGCCAAAGGGUGCCCAAUGUGAACGUCCUGAAACUAUCAACGGAAACUGUUCUCAGCCACGAACUUGCAGAUCCCGCGUUUGCGAGUUACGGACAAAAACGGGGAUCCGCCAUUCACCUCUCCCAAGCCAGCCUUAAGGAAUACGCGGACGUCAUCGCCAGUGUCAUUCUGAAGCUUAUUAAAAACGACUUGGACCUGGAAAUCCAAAGGGCAUAUCUACAUCCAAACAAUAUUUCCUUCCAGGAAAACGUCAUUGUGAGUGAGAUUGUCAACAACACCUUAAAGGUUUUGAACGCUAAGAGGUCUGUAAAUGAACUUCAGUUUUACGCAAAAGACCAUCCUGGCGCAUUUGCACCGUUAGCUGUACCCAAGGAAAUGCUGUUAGGACAAAGAGAGCUGGACCAAAACACCAAGUUAUCUCUGUUUUCACAGUACCCGUUCGAACAAAACCAACGGGCAGUGGGAAAGGAAAGCCAGAGAGUUGUUUUGGAAGAAAUAUUUAUGAGACGUGGGGAAUCCAAGCAAAAAGAAAAGGCUGCCUUGCUCACUCCAGUGAAAGAGGUUUUAAGGAAAGUGCACCAACAAGUAAUGAAAAUCAAAGGCCACCUGCCUCCAUUCAAUGAAGCCCCCUACGCGGCAUCUAACCCUAAAGCUAAAACAUCAGACGUAACACACAAAAACUUCGUCCAGUCCCAUAUUAACGGCGUAGCCAACGACAUAGUCGAGAGUGUUUUGGGGGAAAUGUACGCUGUGGUUGUGACCUCCUUACAUGACAGUCACCAAAAGGAAGCCUUCGAAGGCAACGGCACCUUCCCUAAGCUGCCGCCGUGCGUGGGAGAAGCCAAACAAGCCGGGAGAGGAAGUAAUUCCAUGGGGUACGUGAUGCCACAGGCCUACCCUUCCCCAGGCGACCACAACGCCCCCCUGUUCCACAGCAGUUCCCAGCAGCACUCGCCGCUGCAGGUGGGGGAGGAGUUGGUCCAAAGGGUGCUCGAUAAGAUCACGCAGUUUGCCUCCCUGCCACCUCAAAGGCUCCAGAGCCUUAAAGUGAACCCGAAGGGCAGCCUCCAGCCAGGUUUUAAGACAAGUGUAAAAGCAAAGUCAAAAGUGACUUCUCUGCCUAAUUUGAAGACAAAGUCGCCCCUGGGCCCUGGUGGUGCUAGGGCCAAGAGCAAGACCAAGGUGGGGCCCGGGGAGAGGACUCUGAGGAGCAGCCAGUCCAAGACCUGCCUGGGGCUGCCGCACACGCUCACCGCCGGGGACGCCAAGGGCACGCGGGGCGCCAGGCUGCCCGCCGCAGACCUCAGGGCGCACGCCACGCACGUGACCAGCGCGAUCCUGGAGACGACCGUGACCGAGUUUGAAAAGGCCACGCAAACGAGAGCCGUGGUCAGUAUGAAGGCGCUGCCGUUUGACCAAAUCGGGGCAGCCAACAGGAUCGUCCGCGCCGUUCUGCAAGGGGUGUGCGCACCGGGCACCCACAGCCUGGCCGCUCCGGGCACCUUCUCGGCUCCCUCGGACCUCAAGCCUCCCCCGGGGCGCCCGGGCGCGAGGGGCUUCGCUGAGACGCAGGCCUGCUUUUACUUGGAAAACGUCUCUUCCCAGCUCGAGCAGAUCUUUCCCAAGGACGGGAUAUUUAAAAAAAUGUUUGACAAAUGGCAGGCAGAAGCAAACGACAUGGAAAGUGAAAAAUGUAACUUGCUGGUAGUGGCUGAAAAUGUUUUGACUGUCAUUUCAAUGAAAUCGAAGGAAUUAGAAUAUUAUCUUUCCCUCUUAAACCUGACGCACCCCGAGGACUGGGAAAGCAGGCUCCAUAACCGCCUUAAAGGAACAUCGACGCGAGCGGAGGCCACCAAGGCACAAAUCAACAUGUUCUCGAGGGAGAUCGUUGAAAUGCUACUUGAGAAACUACAGCUGUGCUUUCUGUCCCAGAUGCCCACCCGGGACAGUAAGGAAACUCCAGCAAGUAGGAAGGAACACGCCGCCCAGAGCAAACACGGCCUUCCGGCCAAGGACGUCCUCGGCGCUGCGCCCAUCUACUACAUGGACGCCAAGGACCACAUGUCUUUGGGCUCCACCAAGCAGAUUGUCCUGGACAUUGUGGAGAGGGUGCUGGGCAUGCUGGAGGCGUUUGUAGACCUGCAGUUCAAACACACCUGCAAGUACGAGUUUUCCGAAAUAGUGAAAAUGCCUGUAGAAAACCUGUUUCCGGCCCAGCAGAGGCUGUUAAGCAAAAAGAUGUUCCCUAAACUGCAGUCGCUGAAAAAGCUUGCUGAUGAUGGCAGGUCCAGUGCUAUGAUUUCCAAGGAACAUGUACAGAAUGUUUUUCUGCAGGUCCACUCAUUCCAUUCAGAAUUGCUUACGUGCGCUGUGGCCAUCACCAGCGACAUGCUGGGUGUCCUCAAGAACAAGCUGGACAAGGAGAUAGGCCAAGCGGAGCCGCCGGGCAGCGCGCUGCACGAGAACGUGGCAGCGAGUGAGAUCAUCGGCGCGCUGAUGGACCAGUGCACGCAUGUCAGUGAGUCUCUGAUCAAAAACCUUCCCAGUUUGUUCCCGGGAGUGGAAAAUACCUACAUUGUUAAUCAUCUUGCAUUCUCCACUGAUAUGAAAAUUCCCAAGUCAAAGGAAGUUCAUUUUGGGAAUGGGCCUCCUCCACGGGUUGGCAUUCCUGGUUUGAUGUUUUAUCCUGAAGACGACACGAAGAAAAGGUACAGGGGCCCACCCAACGUACCUUCAUGUGCCAGAGCCCCCAGAGAAGGCCCGGUCAGAAGCUCGGAGCCCAGGGAAAGGCCUGACUCAGGAAAUGCGCCAACCUCCUCUAGAAACAAGGUCCCAGACUACGGCCCCAGGGAAUGGUCGUUUGAUCAAACCACGCCGGAAGGCAGUAUCUUACAAAAACUGGCUAAACGGGUGACUGAGUCCACAGAAGAAGCACUGAAGCAAGGCCUGUCCUUCAUAGAAAUGCGAAAAGCUAAAAACCCAAAAGUGUUUCAUUACGGGACCCCAAAACCCGUUGGUGGGCCUAACCAAACUCAGACAACUGUUUCUCCACUCAAGAUAUGUUUAGCGGCAGAAAAUAUUGUCAAUACUGUGUUGUCAAGCUAUGGGUUUCCCAGUCAACCACCCAUUAACGAAAGCACAGAGACAAUGAAACCAUUUUUCAUGUCCACGCCAAGCCCUGCAGGACAAAAGGAGGAGAAGAAAAGUGUGCUCGCCAUGUGGGGUGACAGGACCCGCUGCGCCCCCAGAGGAGGAAGCAGAAACCCGGGAGCCGGCAGGGGAGACUUUUCUUUGUUGCAAAAGUGGGAGAAGAGCGACCCGAAGGGAAAGACUGUGAAGGAAUUUGAAGUCAUUGCUUUUGCUGAUCAUGAACUGGGUCCAAAUGAAAUCAAUUUGGUAGCAAGACAUGUAACCACAUGUGUGGUCACAUAUUUCCAGAACUUCAAAACCAGAGUGUCCAGUGAGAAGAUGUCGAUUGUUUCCGCACUGUCAAAGAAAACAUACGAGUCAGAACAGCGUCUAAGAAGCAUAUACAAUGAUUCUUCGCUUUGCCAACUUUGUGAGCAUCUCACCGAGUCUGUCAUUUGCCAUUUAAUUUCGAGCAUUUCUGAUGGCAUCCGAGGUGGCAGAGAGAGUGCGAAGGCAUGGGAAAGCCAAAAUUCAGGAUGUAACAAGAUUAUUUCCAUUGAUUCUCAAGUAUUUGAAAACAGGUCGAUUUCUAUCGGAGAACUUGCUUUAAGUAUUUCUGAAAUCAUUACUAAAAUCCUUUGCGAUAGUAACAUUAUAGAGCCUGACAUUGCACAGCAAAUGUUUUCCUUAAAAACAAAGUACAUUUAUUGCCCGGGAGUCACUGUUACUGACUUUGACCAUAUUUUCCAGGAUCUCCUAAUAGGAGUGAUUCACGUACUGUCCAAAGUGAUAGGAAUAACUCAUCACCUUGAAAGCAAUGGAAGAAGUAAACCAUUGUCCAUGCUUAGAAGCAACAGUGUGUCCGUGGGUAACAAAGCAAACACCAUGAAAAGACAGAUAAGUUGCAGAAACUGGGAAUCAUCUACUCACCCAAAUGAACAUCUCAUUCAAAAUGAGAAAUUAGAUUACCUGGCAUACAAGUUAGACAGUAUCGUUAGUAGCCUGAAAACUCGUGAAUCCAAAGAAGUAGUCAAUAAGGUCUUCAAUAUUGUUUUAGAUUUAUUUUUACCAGAUGAACGCAGAGGUGAGGCUAUGGAUUCUUAUGAAAAAGCAAGAAAAUCUUUAUCGUCCUCGAGUAAUAACUUAGGGCUCACCCCCAAAUCCGUUUUUCUUCUCAAUGUCGUGUGUGAGAAACUUAUCAGAACGCUUUUGGAAAAAUGCACAAACACGGCCUUUCUUGAUCAUGGCCCUCUUUCUGAUGAAAUGUCUACGGAAGAAUGUCAACUUUUAAAAAUGCUUCAAAGUGUCGAAGAAGAGGGCUUUGGUGACUGUAAGGGGGCCAUGGGCUGUGAACAGUCCCAAGGAGAUUGUAUGUCAGAUCUUUUGGAAAAUCUGGCAGAAAUGGAUACAGAUGUGUUAUCAUCGGACUCUAUGCUCACCCUCGUUUCCCACAGCUUGGUGAAGUCCCUGAUGGACAAACUCUGUCACAAUAUUCAACUCCCUCACAGCCCGCCCAGUGCAAGCCAGCACUUGAAGGGUCGAACACAAGAAAGACAGUCGGGUCUUAUAAAAGCAAAAAGGCCAGAAUUAGCAGGAUUCGGACAAGGUAAAGGUUCUGCCGGCUUCACCAGCUGUGACAGUCGCGCUCUGACCGGAUCCCUAAAUCUCUCCAGCAUGGUCCGCUCCAAAACACAGUCACCUUUUGGCAGGAAGUGUUCAGUAAGCUCCUCUUCUGUGACACCUCGUAGGAGGCAGGAAACAGCCAUCCAUAGCAAGCUACACCUGGGGAGUAGGAGUACAGGUGUUUAUUCGGCCACAUUUUUGGAGGAAAUCAUUUCAGAACUGUUUUUCGAUCUCUCCACUUCCCUGUGGGGCAAAAAUGGAAGCAUCACGGAGGCCCAGCUCAGUGAGACGAACACACUACUGGUCAACAACGUGGUGAGGGAGUUUGCGCGCGCGCAGAUCGCCGUUCUGCGGAACGUGGAGGAGAGACUGUGCUUCCCGCCGGUCCAAAAGGAAAGGGUGCGGAGGGUUGUUGACUCGGUUUACCCUGACGUUUUGCAGAAAUAUCAAUUGAAAGUGACCCGUGGUGUGAAUCUGGCGCAUGACAACUCCUCACUAGCAGGACAAAUAGCGAACGGCAUCCUGUUAGAGAUCGUGGACUACCAACUCCCACCCUGCUUCCGGGAGAAGCUCAGCCCGAACUCCUGCUGCCCUCUCGAAGCGGGAAUCAUCCUGCAGAAACUACAAAGGACCCUGCGAGAAUGUGCUUCCAGAUCCAGGUCUGCGGGAGGCUACAGCACCAGGGUGUCGCACUCCUUUUUAGAGGAUAUCAUCAGGAGGCUUCUAGCCCAACUCACUGCUCCGCCCAGUAAGGCUUCCCCUCUGGGGAGAAAAGAGUCCAUGAGUUCAGAUUUCAGUGAAAUGUCUAACUGUAUCAUAAAUAAGGUUCUAUCAGCCAUUUCAAAACACAAAAUUUGGCUCACUAUAUGUGACAAUCCACAGCUAUGUGCAGGGAAAAACACCCAGAAGAUGGUGGAUUCUGUGUAUCGGAACAUCAUGCAAAUGCCUGACUCUCUUGUCUCAAUCCAGAACAGCCUGGUGAGCCGAAGCCCAGUUAUGGUGGACCGAAUAGCCAGUUUUAUUAUCCAAGAGAUUAUUGAAAACCAUCUUCAACCAUUUUUGUGUGAAGAAGGUUUGCACCGUCCAAAUACCCCACUGGAUGCAGUAUCGAACAUGGUUAAACGGGUCCUCAGUGAGGUCACAGCGUCGCACAGACCCAAGAGGCCCUCAUCCUCAGGCGUUCCCCCUGACACAUUCAUAGGGGAAAUUGUGGCCAGACUUGUAGCAAAGAUAUUCAGCUCCAAGCAGAACACUGACAAUGAGCUGGAAAACAUGACACAAAAAAUAGUGAACUCGAUAACCACCCACUUCGACAAAGCUACAACUCACAUCCUCAGCGGCGGCAAGGAGGGCGCCGGCCCCUCCGUAGGCACAGACAUCGUGGAUGAGCUCGUGUCCUCUGUUUACAGAAACGUGUUACAGCAGCACGGGCUAGACCCUGAGGCUGACAAGGACUCUGAAGACAGCGAGACUUUUGUGGAAAACAUCACCAAUUUAACUGUAGCGGCCAUUUCUGAUUACCUUCUGCACCCGCUGUUCUCUGGCGAUCUGUCACCUUCCUGUUCUAUUUCCACAGCUGAGAGCAUCAUCCAGGGCAUCAUUGGUCACAUCAGCAAACCCGCCACGCCAAGCCCGAGUUUAUCUCCGUAUAAUACCCUGCUGCCAUACACGUUUUUAGAAGACAUGAUCAGAGUACUAUUAUCUAGAAUCUUUUCUUCUGCAUCCGACUUUGUUCCAAACACAGAAACUCUAAAAGACAGGGCAAGAGUGAAUUUCAAUGAAAUUGCUUCAAAGAUAAUCAGUGAUAUUAGGAUGAAAAUUUCUCAACAUGACAUCCAAUUCUCAAAAGAUGAUGAAGAAACCAAGUUUGUUUAUUCAGAAGAUGAUGUCCAGCAGCUCGUGGACUCCGUCUUCAAAAACAUUUUACAAAACUCCGGGUCUCAGGAAUCGGUUGAACAAAACAUCAAAGGCAGCAACGACGCUCUCAUCGAUAGAAUAGCAGGUUUCAUCAUCAAACAUGUUUGUCAACAACAUCUUCAGCCGUUUGUGGACCAAAAGGCAUUGCCUUCCCCCACAGACGCUCACCCUGACGGCGAGUGGAGGCCAUGGCCUCCUGCCAAUGUUUACUCGGCAGCGUUUCUGGAAGAUGUGAUCUUUGGAGUUUUAAGGAAAAUAUUCCACAGGGUGUUGGGCAUUGUGCAAACAAAAUCAGCAAAAGACUCGGAAGAUGAGCUUUUGGAUAAAGCUGGGAAACUCACACAUCUGAUAGCAGAAGAGCUGUCCAGAGCCCCGGUCCGCAUCCUGGAGAACGCCGAGGAGCAGUGCUGUUUGCCUCCAGUGGAGAGAGAUGUCCUCAACAGCGUUGUGGACGUGGUGUUCAGCAAAGUGCUGCAAGAAUAUGAAAUGGACAUCCUGCCCGAUUACGAUUUCCUCAGUGACACAAAGACCUUGGCAACAAGGGUGACUAAGAGCAUCCUGGCCCACACGUUUGAUUUCCAAAUCCACCCAAAGCUGAUAGGAAAGCUUCGUUUUAAGUCGUACGCCAAACUGAACGUCGAUGUUUUGAUAAAGAGAGUCCAAGGUUACAUCACUAAAUCAAGAUUCCAAAGACAGGCGUCGACUAUCUACACCACCAUGUUGUCGCACACCCACUUGGAAAAGGUGGUCGCCCAGCUGAUCUCUCAGGUGAGCCCACUGGCCGCCAGCGCAGAAUGCAAGGGCACUUCCAAGUCGGAGCUCAGUGAUAACGUCAUAAGGCUGAUAAACGAAAUUAUGUCAAUCAUUUCCAAACAUGCAAUCUGCAUUGUCAAACAUGGCAGUGGGAAACAGAGCAUGAUCUCGGAGAAAGAGAUCCAGUCCAUGGUGGGUUCCAUCUACGCCGACCUUUCACACUCAAAGCUCUAUCAGUCUCUCACAAAGGAUAAGAAAGGGAUAAGUAAGAUGCCUGUUUCGAAAAUAGCGAGUUUUAUCAUAAAAGAAAUAUUUAACCAUCAUCUCCAGUCAUUUUUACCCGGAGAUAAAACAUGCCUCUUAGCUGCGGUUGAUCAUGACGCUAAACAGAGAGCUGCCGACGCUCAGCAAGGAAACUUGGCUUUCGUGGUGAACUCGGCUGCCUUCCUGGAGGAGGUCAUCGCAGAGCUGCUAUGUAAACUCCUGUACGCGUUCUCACACAACGUCUUGGCUGCUGAGCACCCAGACAUAGUGAAAGUGAAAAUUACUGACAUUGUGACGACAUUAGUAAAAUCAAUUGUUCUGGAGUUCACCACGUCGGAGAUUGUAGUUUCGAAUUAUUUCGAUAAUGAUAUGUGUUCUUCGGCAAGAUACAAAGAAAUGGUUCAAAAAACAGCCAACCUGACUUAUGAAAAGAUAUUAGGUGAAUACAAAUCUCUGAUUCAAGUCUACACGGUUAUGCAAAGUGACACGACUUCUUUCGGCAGGAAAAUUUAUCACUUACUAUUGGAAGAAAUUUAUGAUCAUCAGAUGCAGUCGUUAGUGUCAGGAGAAUUGGUAUCUUCUUCCUGUUCUUCCCUUCAAACCGAAAACAUCAUCAGAAACGUGCUGAAUGUCAUCACGAAGGCCGGCCCCCCCACCCCGUGCAUGACGGUGCUGCCGCGCGUGCUGUUGGAAGACAUCAUUCACAAGCUCAUAGCGAGCAUCUUCCCGCCCACCCACACGGGGGGCGAGCUCAGGGAGGAAGGCGCUUCACCCGAUGACGAGUUUGUGGCUGCAGCUUCAAAACUGACGGAUGAAAUUAUCAGAGAGAUUACGGAACAUGAAGUCCGUCUCGCCAGGGCGGAAGAGAAUGCCGACAGUACCCAACUAGACAUGAUUGAGAACCUGGUUGACUCGAUAUGUAAUAAUAUCUUGAAAAAAUCUGACUUUCAAGCGGAAGUGCAAAGAGAUGCAGACAGAAAAGCAGGCUCGUUCCUCAGCAAAGUCGCGGGUUUCGUUAUGAAGGAAAUUAUGGACCAUCAUCUGAGGCCAUUUUUACAGGGUGACGGGGGCUCUGCACUCACCAAACCUGGGAAAGAAAAGACUCAGACGUCCCUCUACUCGGCUACAUUUUUGGAAGACGUAGUGGUUGACCUCGUUCGCAAAUUUUCUUCCCUCCUAAGUAUUGCCGGAGAACCUAAGAAAAAAGGGAUGUCGGAGACAGAACUUGUGGGGUUGGCUAUAAAAUUUGCAAAUUCUCUGAUAGGAGAAUUCAGGAAAAGUGAAAUUAAAGUUCUACCGAAUGCUGAAGAAGUCUUUGCUUUCCCACCAAUUGAUAAAGAGACAGUGGAUAAGAUAUCCAACUUUGUGUACGAUCAGUUCAUAGGGAAGUACGACUCCGGUGACAUGCAGGAGGAUGAUAAAGGUCACGUGCUAAUAGAAACGAUUGCUGCAUUAGCCCAAAAGGCAAUCUCUGCCUUCAAAAUUCAACCCCUGUUCUCAGGAGACUGGUCUUCCACCUUCUUUUCAUUUCUAAAUCCAGAUCACAUCACCCAAAGGGUUCAGCACCUGCCACAGGAAACCACUGCACUGAGUAGCACAGGCCUCAAAGGAAACCAACUUACUUUUUCAGAGCAAUCAUAUAAAUACACUUCUCCAACCUCAGUCCGGAAACACGUGUUGGGAACUUUGGAACUAGACAGAGGAACAGCAAGUAGAAAGAAAAGCGUCCAGAGUGAGGAGGCGCCCGUGAGAAAAGGCGAGACCCAAGAGCGUAAAGUCACCUCUCUAACUGGAACCAUGACGUGCAACCUGCUGAACCUGCUGCCGGGGGCAGCUGCAGGGCUGGCAACGAAAAAGAAAGAGAAGGAAAAUGAAAUGACAAUCUCAAUUAAAAAUUAUACUGAGACUGUAUCAAUAGGUACAUCUCCAACUACGAGUGUGAAAAGUAAAGAUAGUCAGAAGUCAGAUGUGAAGGGAGCAGGUAAAAAUAAUGAAACUGAGAAGAAAAGCAGAUCGGUGUCAACAGAGGAAGAGAAGCAACGUCAUGAGGCGUACACACAGACUCCAGGAGCUCCCGGCGAGACGGAGCGGAAGGAGGAAAUGGUGGGACCAGAUUUGGACACAAACCAACAGAAGAUUGACAAAACAAGAGGAAAUGCAUUGAGAAAAGAAGACGAGCCCUGUCCGUUACCUUUGACACCCAAAGUGACAAAUGCAGCGACCAACACAGAGGACACGUUAACUCCAAAGCCGAACACUGAGUGGAGAAAAAGCACCCUCCCUCUAGUCGAUAUAAACAAACAUUAUGCAGGCUAUGAACGUGUUCAAAAUGUCACUGAAAAUAUUUAUGACAAUAUCUUAGAGACGUGUUUUGCCCCAGAAUCAGAUUAUUCAAGUUUCCAAAAAACCCCAAGUGAUACAGUUCAUGUCACCCAAGAGAUCAAAAAUGAACCCAGGAAACCGGACAGUGCUCAGUACCCACCGAAAAGUAAGCCUGGGAUUUUCCCUGCUAAACUCUUAGAGGAUGUUAUCAUCGAAAUGGUUAACAAGUUGAUCUUUUGUGCCUCACCAGAAGCACAAACAUCUGAUAGAUGCCAAAAUGUCAGUGAUGGCCAACAUCAAGCCGACCUCCUUGACACAGCCAUGAAGCUCAUUGAUUCUCUGCUGAAGGAGCUGUCCAAGGCUCAGAUUAAGGUAUUUAGGCCAGAAAAGGAAGGCCCGCUAGUCCCUCCUGGAGGUAAAGGGUCAUCCGUUCCGAAAGGGCCUCCUAAGCAGAAAGAGCCAACGGCAGAUGGAGCCUCACCUCUCACUAAGAAAGCAGCGGGGGCGGAAAUGUCCCAAACGCAGAAAGUGAUGAAAGAAAUCCCUCUACAUAAGGUGUCUUUCCUAGAUAGAAUCCCGGCCAUCGAUAAAACAUUGGUUAACAAAGUUGUUCACUCUUCUGUAUGCAAUAUUUUGAAGGAAUAUAGGUCUCAAGACUCCCUUUGUCAGAAUAUAAAGAGCAACAAGGGAAAUUUAGCGAGAAAACUGACCAGCACAGUGAUCAAUGAAAUUUUUCAGCAGAAGCUGAACUUGGAGCCCAGCGAUGAGGUCCCAUCUUCGGCGUGUCUGCCUCUGGAAUGUAAGGAUAUUGUCAAAAAGGUGCAGAAGGUGGUGCAGACAGCCAGUAAAGAGUGUCAGACGUUCUCGCCGUACGCCAUCCUGCUGCCUCGCGAUUUUUUACAGACCAUGAUUUCUGCUCUCUUACAUAAGGUUUUCUCAGUCGCACCCAAAACCAAAGCAGUCACCUCGGAGGGCGGGUGGCUCACAGAACUGGAUUUCCUGCAAAUGAAGUUACUGGGCACCAUCAUGACCGAGAUCUCCAAGGACAAAGACAUAAGCAUUCAGUACGUGGAGUCCUUACAUCCCAACGACGACGAGGUCAUCCAGCUGGUGGCCCUUUCUAUUUAUGGGAACCUCUUGUCCCAGUUUGGCUCGCAGGAGAUGAUACGAAACUGUGCGGCCAGCGGCUGCAGAAUCCUCUCCGAGACCAUCGUGGAGCUGGUGCUGCGAGAGGUGUCCGGGAACCAGCUGCAGAGCUAUUUCUCGGGAGAGCUGACCCCGCGUCAGUGCGAAGAAGUGGACAGCAUCAUUGAGAACAUCCUCAAGGACGCCAUCCGCAGCGCGGACACGCCCCGGCCCCACCCCGCGCCCGCCCACAGGCUGCCUUACAACGUCAUCGAGGAAAUCGCCGUCCAGUUUCUGUCUAAGCUUUUAUCUGUGUUUCCCAAUGUGGACAAGAAAAGAAACAAAUCCCUAGAAACUGAAAUGCAAAACAUCAUGUCCAAAAUAUUAACUUCCCUGCAAGAAUUUAUCUCGAAAAGUAAGAUCCAGCUCGUACCACCAGCCAAGGCAUUGGCGACUGUACCGUCAUCUGACAAUGAAACGAUCAAACAGGUGGUCAAUUCUGUCUACACCCGGGUGUUAAAGCACUCUGGCUCCCAUACGUCCAUCUUCAAGGACUUAAAGGGGAAGAGCAGUGCCCUCUCUGACAUAAUAGGCUUCCUGAUGGUGAAGGAAAUUUCCAAUUCUAAAUUUCAACCGCAAGGAGGGGAAGAAGUAUCGAGCUCAGAACUGGGGCUGGAAGCUGUCAAAAUUAUGGAAAAGGUGGUCAAAAUUGUUGAACUUAAGUCCCAGGACAGGUCUUCCUCCAAAAAAGGUUCCAUGUUGGAUGCCACGUGUUUAGAGGAAGCACUGGCCUUGUUCUUAGCCAAACUGGUAAAGUUGCCCAGUGCCUCAAGCAAAGAUGCCAAGAACUUAUCAAAGCCCGAGUUAAAUAAAAUUGCAUCUCAGCUGACCAAAUCUGUGUCGGCGGAGAUUUCCAAAAGCAACAUUAGUCUCGUUGCUGCUGACCCUGAGGGGCAGCUUUUAAACCCGGAAAGUGUUGAAAUGAUCUCUCAGAUUAUCGACUCUAUUUACAGCAACGUGCUGAUACAAUCCGGGACCUACAAGGACCUUUACUACGACAUCAAAGGCACCAACAGAGUCUUCCCCCAAAAGGUGGCCAAUUUAAUCAUCGAUGGCGUUUCCAGCGUUACCUUAGAUACAGACACCGACUGCUCCAAGGAUUCCCAUGCGGACCACUUUGGAGAUCUAGACGUGAACAGGAUUGUCCAGAAGGCGCAAGAACACGCUUUCAAAAUGAACGCUGACACGAAGAAUGGAGCGGAAGAGUGGGGAGAGGAAACGCAAAUUAAAAUCGUCCCCCACAUUGGGAACAAGCCCAUCAAAAUAGAUCCCGGCAUUCUUUCACAACACUUAGCAGUGAUUUCGGUAAAAACUGAACCUCUUGAGAAGCUUCAGAUGGAGUGUUUAAGAAACACCGGGCACAGCAUAGCAGAAGUGAGAAGAGCAUCGAUGCAGGGGAGAAGUUAUUCCUGCGCAGACACAUCUAAUGAGGAAAAGCUAAAGAAAGAAAGACGCACCUCGCUGAACAGGACCGGGCGUCUGGACAUGAAACCCUUAGAGGCUGUUGGCCGAAAUUCCUUUCAGAACCUAAGAAAGCCUGAUAUCAGCAAGGUGGAGCUUUUGAAAGACGUUCAGAACAAACAAGAUCUUCUCAUCCGAUUAGUAGUUCAUGAUAUUGAAGGUGAGUCAGAAAGUCACAUGGGAGAGGAGGCGACCACUGAUGACUAUGAAUUUGUUCUGAGAGAGGACAUAAGAGAAGAAAGCUGUGAACUAUGUGAGGACGAAGCUACGGAGGCAGAUACGGAAAGCCCGGAGGCCACCGGAAAGCCUCCAGGAGGACCGACGGGGAGGGAAGUGAAGUGGCCCACCGCCGAGCUGGACCAGCCCACCCGCUCCUCCAUCCUGGCUGUCACCAACUCCUUCUGGGGGAAUGAGCCGCAGUGUGAGAAAGAAGACAGGGAGUCCACGGAGCCGAUCCACCACCUCAUACACAGGAUUAUGAGCACGUCCUCCUACAACCAGGAGGACCUGGGCUCACCUGCCAGGAUGCUGGCCCGGGUCACGUCGGUUCUGUCCAAGGUGUUUUCUCGCAGCAGCGCGUCCAAAGCUUCGUCGUCCCCGCCCCAGGCUGAGCGCUGA